UGUCGGUGCCUACAGAUGAUGCUGAUGGAGACAGGGGGAAGCGGCCUCGCCGUGAAUCCCGUCCGGACGGCGGAGGCGCUGGAUUAUUUGAGGCGCAGCUGAAGACUUUGGGGGGGAAAAAUAGCAACAACAGCUUCCAAGAGUUUCUGAUGGGGACAGAGAAACGCGCACAUCUGGCCCACGAACAGAUACUCCACGGCGGAGAGGCGCGGGGGAGCGGCGGGCUGUGUCGCUCAGGUCGCGGGGUUGCUCGGUUUGGCAGAGCGAUGGUUUAGGGGGAAGACAUCCACAAUACUCGGGGUGAACAUCAGCAUCGCCGUGGAUUUGAUCGCUAGAGACGGGUGAAGGAAUACCUUUAAAAGGGUGGAGCUGCGGUUUGUUUAAUAAAUGAUGAGGGAUCCCGAUCAUCGCUUCUUCCACUUGUGAGAGGUUGAUGUCCGUGUCUCUGAUCGUCAGCAUCCUUGUUGUGUUGUGAUAUUUCACCGGACCCGCUGUUAGGGAGGAUGGCUUCAGGCGGGCGCGGGACCACCGCAGGCAUUUACGCACGGCGCCCUGACUCUCCAUGUUUAUGCAAUCCGACGCAGUGUUGCCAGUGGGCUGAUCUGAUCCUGCUCUGCCGUCUCCAUAUGAUGUGAUAUGAUCCCCACAAGCGCCAGGCCCCAAUGUUUCUGUGAAAUAUGCCCAGGCCUCGUGUUCCAGUGAGGGUGCUUUCAUCGCACAGGCUCCGGGCCAUGCGCUAAACGGAGAGACGAAGGGGGGGAUCUCUGGGUUUUUACGCUGUUAUAAUUGGGGGGGACACCAUCUGAGGGACCAUGUCGAAAGUUGUGACCAACAAGGAGAAGAAAUCCUUCAGCAAGAAGCUGUUCCGGAGGAGCUCGGUGCGCUCCGUGGGCAGCUUCAUGAACAGAGUCCUCCGGACCCUGUCCACUCUGUCCCACUUCAGCACCGACGAGCAGGCCGCCGAGGACGAGAAGGACGACGCGACCCUCCUCCCGAGCACCACCGGGGGGUCGCUGCCGUCCGACGACAGCGACUGCGGGGGAUUCCCCUUCGGUGACAAGGUGCCAGGGGUGGCCGGGCUCAAGAACCACGGCAACACCUGCUUCAUGAACGCGAUCCUCCAGUGCCUGAGCAACACGGAGCUGUUCGCAGAGUACCUGGCGCUGGAGCAGUUCAAAGGUGCGGAGACGAGCAGCAACAGCGGCGAGAAGGCCAAGUCCAACGGGGUGCUGGUGCUGAGGAGGGCCGGCCAGCAGCAGCACGAGUCCGGGGAGGUGACGGAGCAGCUGUCCGGCUUGGUGCGGGCGCUCUGGACCUUUGAGUACACACCUCAGCACAGCAGAGACUUCAAGAAUGUUGUGUCCAAGAGUGCCCUUCAGUUCAGAGGUAACUCCCAGCACGACGCCCAGGAAUUCCUCCUUUGGUUGCUGGACAGAGUUCACGAAGACCUCAACCAUAUAGUCCACCCUGACAUCAGACCUCCCCGGAAGCCUCCAGUAGAAGAAGAAAAUCCCCCUGAAGGAUCUCCACUACCAGCACCUGGCUCUUUUGUACAGGAGUUGUUUCAGGCACAAUACAGGUCGUCCCUGACCUGCCCUCACUGCCAGAAACAGAGCAACACCUUCGAUCCUUUCCUCUGCAUCUCACUGCCAAUCCCGGUACCUCACACACGGCCGCUGUAUGUGACAGUGGUGUACCAAGGAAAGUGCUCCCACUGUAUGAGAGUUGGGGUGGCGGUGCCGCUCUCCGGUACCGUGUCCAGGCUGAGACAAGCUGUGGCCCAAGAGACCAAAAUCCCAGCGCAACAGAUCGCCCUCACUGAAAUGUACUUUGACGGCUUUCAUCGCUCCUUCUGUGAUGAUGACGACGACCUCGAGAUCAUUCAGGAGAGCGACUCCAUCUUUGCCUUUGAGACACCUGAGCUGUUCAGACCGGAGCAGAUCCGUUCCAAGCGAAGCGGGAGUCCACAUGCAAAUCUCAACCAGAACAACUUGAAGUACAGCACAGACAACAACAGGAUUCCCACGCAAAUACAAGAGCCGACGACACCACCGGCGAGUCCUAAUAAGAACAGCGGGCAGGCUGAGAAGAUCGUCCUGCUGGUGUGUAAUAGAGCCUGCGCUGGACAGCAAGGACGCAGGUUUGGUAAUCCAUUCAUUCUGUAUUUGGAGCGAACAGUGACCUGGGACGUUCUUCAGAAAGAGAUCCUGGAGAAGAUGCGUCACAUUUUGCGCCCUGGAGCCUUUGUGCAGGUAGGGCCCUUCACGUUACGUGUGGUGGGCGUGGUUGGAAUCACGUAUCUCUUGCCUCAGGAGGAACAGCCACUCUGCCAUCCCUCUGUGGAGAGGGCGUACAAGUCCAGCGGUCCUGGAGGACCACCUCAUGUCAAAAUUGUGGUUGAAUGGGACAAGGAGACAAAAGACUAUCUCUUCAAAAGAACUGAGGACGAAUACAUCCCAGAUGCUGAAAGUGUGCGUCAGGUGAAAGAGCAGCACCUGCAGCCUCAGACGUGCUCGCUCGCCCAGUGCUUUCAACUCUACACCAAAGAGGAACAGCUGGCUCCGGAUGACGCAUGGCGUUGUCCACACUGUAAGCAGCUUCAGCAGGGCAGCAUCAAGCUCAGUCUUUGGACCCUGCCAGACAUCCUCAUACUCCACCUGAAGCGCUUCAGACAGGAUGCAGAUCGACGGAUGAAGAUGCAGAACAUGGUGAAGUUCCCGCUCACCGGUAUGGACAUGGCACCGCACAUGGUAAAGAGGAGCCAGAGCAGCUGGAGUCUCCCCUCCCACUGGUCACCAUGGAGACGGCCCUAUGGGAUGGGCCGUGAUCCGGAGGACUACCUCUAUGACCUGUACGCGGUGUGUAACCACCACGGAACCAUGCAGGGAGGUCAUUACACAGCCCACUGUAAGAACUCCAUUGACGGACAGUGGUACUGCUUUGAUGAUAGUGAUGUUCAUCCUAUGUCUGAAGAUGAGGUCUGCAAGCAGACUGCUUACAUCUUGUUUUAUCAAAGACGAGCCACUAUUCCAUCCUGGUCUGCCAACAGCUCUGUGGGAGGUUCCACCAGUUCUUCUUUGUGUGAGCACUGGAUUAGUCGGCUGAUGGGCAGCCGUCCACCCAGCCAAGCCUCAUCUGGUUCCUCCAGACGUACCUCAUUGGCCUCCCUCUCUGAGUCCGCUGAGUUUGCUGCUGAACGGAGCGAGGACGAUGCAGGCCUAUCGAGCCGCCCAGCGGUGAGAGGCAUGCAAAGACAAACCUUCUCCUCGAGAUCUUCCAUCGCCAGUCCUUUGGUUCUCAGUGAAAAUGGCACUAAACCAUCCUGGUCCCACUCUGCUAAGCUCCAGCUCCGUUCCAACUCUCCCUCUCGCUUCUCCCUGGAAUCCCACUCUUCCUCCCCGACUCUGGAGAGAAUAGGAGAGGUUGUUGAUAACCAGCUGGCAACCCCCUGCUUCACUGGGUCGCCUAAGCCAGACAGACUGUCAGGGUGUAAGUUGGCCCUUGCAGCUUCGGAUAGUAAUCCUGGCAGUAAAAGGCUGAUAGAGCAGCUUCACUCCAAGGCUGUGGCGCAAGCGGAGCAAAGGAGCUCUAUCCAGGCUGGGGAUAACAACAACAUAGUCACUCCUGCUGAGCAAGUUAGUCCUCGACAUGGGGCAGCUGCUAAAGAGCAGAAACAAAGAAACGGGGCUGCAGAUAGCACAGGUGUUAAAAGGACCUCAGCAAAGACUGGGUUAGAGAGUGAAAGGAGUCCCAAGAAGCGUCCUACCACCUCCUCAACUUCGUCCAGCUCCCUCUCUCCUGCGUCCCCAGCCAUUGACAAGUCACCGUCUCGAACACAGACAAAGGGUGCAGCAUCAGCAUCAAACCCCAAGGACAAGUGUGAUGGACCUCCUAAAACUAGCAAGGCUGGUUCCUCGAAAACAGCAACGCCUUCCAAAAAAGGGUCCCCUCAAACCUCAGAGGCAUUACAUCCAGACUCUGCCCAACAGAGGAAGAGUGGUCCUCCAGGAGCACAAAUCUCACAUCCUCAGAGAAAGGCAUCACCUAGAGGUGGAGGCGAGAAAAGCUCAGCCUCUGGAAGGACUAGAGCAGCAGAAAGGAGUGCAAGCCGUGAUUCCUCAGGGGCCAAUGUGGUUUCGGAGAGAAAGGUCAGCCAGGGAGGACCUCCCUCCAGGUCAAGUGCUGCUAGUAGAGCAGAGGGCAGGCCGGGUCGGGCUUCGGAGAACAGGGAGGUGGCCCGUAACUCUAGCAGUAGCUCCUCCGUGACUAGUCUCCGAUCUUCGAGCGUUGGCGUCUCGUCUUCGAGUGCAGCACCACCAUCAAGGGGACCUCGUAGGAACAGUAAGACGGAGGACAAAGGUUUGUCCUUCUUCAAAACUGCUCUGAGGCCCAAAGAGACCCGUAAGUCAGCUGAUGGUGGAAAAUCAGGGACGGGGGAAGCUAAAGGAAGUCCAGAGGAUAGUGCUGGGGAUGCAGCUAAGGAAGGAAGCCAGAAAUCAGCAAGCAGGAAAACCCAGAGUGGGGCUUGAGAAGCCCAGACUAACGUGACCACAGCCAAAGACAAAGAAUCCUCGAAGGCAUCUGCUGCAGCCAAGCAUUCACUGCUGCCCUCCACAAAGUCCAAGCUUUCUGGAGUGGAAACGACAACCCAGUCCUCCGCCAAUGCAAAGGACCUUUCAAAGAAGGAGCCUGCUAAAAAGACAAUGCAGUCCAGGAAGAUCCCCAUCAACUCUACACAAUCCAGCCAGAGGUCCAAGUGAUAAUAUGUCGAAGACUCGAUAACAAUUUCUCAAGUGCAGCUCCGAGGUGCUUUAACCAUCAAACUAGACCUAAGUGUCUGACCAACAUCUUUAAAGCACCUGUAGCUUUUCAGUGGUUACUGAAUACCAGCUGCCAUACUGGACGCUUACUGUCCACAUUGUUAAAUAGCUAUUUAGGAAUGGAUUUUAACAAAGCACUUUGUAUGGAUUGCAUUGAUUUUGAGGGAUAUUCUACUGUAUUGUAAAUAAGCAUGGACUCCACAUGUAUUGAAAUGAUUGCCUUGUUCUGUCCGUAGCAUAGUUGGGAGACGUACAUCUCAGUAGGGGGUGAAAAUAAAGGUGACUUUGCACAAGAUGGAAAGCAAAUAUACUGUAAAUGGUGGAGAGAUACUUUUGAGAUCUAUCAAACAUGGACCACUCAGUCACCAAAGGACGUUUACUGGCAAUUUUUAACAUGCGGAUGCAGUGAAAUGCUGAAUUAUUUCCCAAAAAACGUACAGCUCUCUUUCAAUAUCGAGAGUCAUAUGUCGACAACAAACAUCAGUGCCUCAGAUAAUCAUAGUGAAGUAUUUAAUCUAAAUUCUAUAACUGCAGGUGUUGGACGAUUUAUAAUUCAAUUUUAAUAUUUACUAAGCACUGAAAAUGUAAUUUCAAGUAAAACACAAUUUAGCCUAUUUAACCUGAACUGCUGUUUACAUAUGCUCCUCAGUGUAGAAUUUGUGCAACAGCCUUUAAGGAGAAGAGGAAGGAGUCUGUCACGGAGGUGCAGGAAUGAAGCAUGUGUCGUUGGUGUUAAUUGUCUGGAGACCUUGGUUUUGUAAUGAUUCUUAAAUGUUUUGUGUUUGAUUUAGCAGUGAUAACCUGUUGCCCCCACUUCCCCACCCCCCAUCCCCAGAUGACCUCCCCCACCAGUCACCACUUCUGCCCUCCAGCUGCUGAUGCCAACACGUUCCUGCGGUGCCCAUGUUCCUCAUGGGGAGCAGCAUCUUCAGACUGCCAGACAUCUCCAAACAUUCCUCUCAGAUGAACACAGGGUUUAUGUAAGAACAAAAACAACAACAAAAAAAGCCACGACACGCUAAGACGACAUAUUCAAACACAGCUGGGUUUGCCUUCGUUGAACACCAUACAUGUAGGUAGAGCUUUUAUGGUGCGUUUGAGUCAGCCCCCUCCCCAGUUCUCUGUCUUUCACGUGUGACAUUGCAGCUUGUGCACAUUUCUACCUUGCAUUGAACGCAUAGAUUAACACUAAAUGCACUGAGAAAAAAAAGAAAACCCCCAUCACGAAGUAUACGACAGUUUUUGCAUGAUAAAAUUGCUUAUGCAUGCACUUAACUAUGCAAGCAGAUUCUUGCUGAUGCCCACACUGAGUAUGUAGACGUGCUACUCUUGGAUGUGUAUAUAUUUCUAACUGUAUAUUUUUCCAAAUGCCAGCAUCGGAGAGCAUGUUGAGGCAUACUUUAUUAAAGCUUUGUUUGCACAUUUCUUCAAAACGUAAUAUACAUUUUUGUAUGAAUGAUAAGUAUUGCUCAUUCACCCUCUCAAAGUAAAUCAACGCAUUUGCAAAGUAAUGUUUUCUGUAUUGUGUUAAUUCAUCUCAUGUUUUUACCUCACAACUUUUAACAGGUUUUAAAAGGCAAUUUUUUAAAAUGGUUCUUGCUGCAAUUUAACGACUUGUGGUGUAACUUUAAUUUCCCGUCUUUAAGAGCUGGGAAACUAAA